CGGGCGCGGAGGAAGAUGGCCGGGCAAGGCGAAGGAGGAGGAGGCAGCAGCAGCAGCAGCGCCGAGGCGCGGAGCGGCGGAGGCCGCGGCGUUGUGAUUUCAGACAAUUGGCCUGGCUACAGUCUGGAUUUGUUCACUUAUCCUCAGCACUACUAUGGAGAUCUGGAAUAUGUGCUCAUACCUCACGGCAUUAUUGUUGACAGGACAGAACGAUUGGCCAAAGAUAUUGUGCAAGACAUUGGCGACAAUGAUAUUGUGGUUCUCUGUGUCCUCAAAGGUGGCUACAAGUUCUGUGCUGACCUUGUGGAGCACAUUAAAAAUCUCAGCAGAAAUUCAGAAAGGUUCAUCUCCAUGAAAGUUGAUUUUGUUAGACUGAAAAGUUACCACAAUGACCAGUCUAUGCAAGAUAUGCAGAUAAUGGGAGGAGAUGAUCUUUCAAAGCUGACUGGGAAGAAUGUUCUAAUUGUGGAGGAUAUUGUUGGAACUGGAAGGACUAUGAAGGUUCUGCUUAAUAACAUAGAAAAAUGCAAGCCAAAAAUGAUUAAAGUGGCAAGUUUGCUGGUGAAAAGAACAUCUCGGCCUGAUGGGUACAGACCAGAUUAUUACGGAUUUGAAAUUCCAGAUUUAUUUGUGGUAGGUUAUGCCUUAGACUACAACGAGCACUUCAGAGAUCUAAACCACAUAUGUGUUAUCAAUGAUCAUGGCAAAGCAAAAUACAGAGUCUGAAGCAGUAACAUCCUCACCUGAAGACCUGUAAGCUCAGUGAAGCAGAAAUUUGACUGCACUCCCUGGAGCAUCUCCCAGAAGAGCAGUUUGACUGACUCGUGUUUCUUUCAACUCAGUGUAAUAAGGGAUUUACUCUAGAGAUACUGAUUAAUAUUUACAGAAGUGAGAGCUCUUAUCUAAAAUGUGAAGUAGAGGGCUUUUAAAGUUAUUACCUUUUUUAAGUAUUAAAAUUACUGCAUAAGAUGCCUUUUGACUAAUAAUUUGUCUGCCUCAAGUCUCAUUGUGUCUUUUCUUCGUUCAGUCCGUCAUUCUACCCGUUGCAAUUCACGUUGCGUAAGAUGGUUCAGGAGUGCCAUUCCGUGUGUCGAGUUUAUUUUUCAGAAUUGUAUUGACUUCAGCAUCCCUUUAGUCUCGCUCAGAUAUGCUGCUGCCAAAUUGAAACCAUUAGUUUGAUUUAAUCUUACAGUUCAAAAGUUUCAGCUGAAGCUGUAUGUUGUAUGAUGAUGCAUUGCUGGCAGUCCAUUACAGCCUCUGCCGAACAGAAGUUUUAACCCUCAGAGUGUGUUGGAUCAGAGCACUUGCUACAAAAUGAACCAGUGCAGGACACCGUUGAUCUGAAACUGGAAGAUGUCAUGGUUUGGUAUGUCAUAUCACCGUAGAAUGUAACCUGUCUGAUGUGCUGAGUUUUAAUCUAGACAAAAUAAUGCCGUGCAUUUCAAUUUCUGCGUCGUAUCCUUUUACUUCUAUAGGACACAAAUAAGUAAAAAAAAUAACACAGUGUUCUCCUGUGCUUAUAUUCUUAAUUAAACCUCAUUAAACACAAAAGUUUAAUGCUAGUCAGACAAUUGUUCAGUUAUGAUUUGAUUUCUGUAGCACGUCCGAGUUGAGACUUGAUGUAACCAUUUGUUGUUUUUAAGAAUACAGAUCUGACCGUGUUGGAGAAAAACAAAUGCAUAGGAAAACAUAGAAAACCAGUUGACUCAUGAAUACUGUAGACUCUAGGGAUUCUUUCCUUCCCUUAUACAUCGUGUUUGAAGAAGUUUGUUAAUUUACAUGCUGUAUUAAGUGUGAAAAAUUUAAUUUUGUACUGUAUGUACCUGUUCUCAACAACUUCCCGAGGGAAGCCAAUGCAAAGGAAGUAGCUGUAUAUCAGUAGCUUUGCUCUGAACUGCAAGAGGCAGAUAGUUAUUGGCUUCAGGUUCCUUUAAACUAAUAAAGAAAUAUUAAGAAGACUUGUUUCAUUGCACAGUUGGUUAUUUUCCUGCUUUGGCGUAUUUUGCACAUCUCGUAAAAGCUCUUCAAAAAUACGUAUUUAACUGGUAAUCUAAAUAUACCUUAUGUAUGUGUCCUGUGCCUCAUAAGCAAUUGUUAUUUGGAUAAAAUCCAUGAUGUUAAUGGAAUGAAGAAGAUCAAAGAAUUAUUUUGAUUGCUAGAGAAAUGCUUUAGCCCUCUCGUCUUUACUCUCGUAACCUCUAUUUUGAAAGAUUUCUGUGGAAAAGCUUUCCCUCAUAGAAUAACUUUUCUCUGUUUUAGAGAAGAAAGCACUCCAUACAGCCCCUGGGAGAAGCUGGUGAAAAGAGUUUCAUCUCUUUUUAUUUUAUGAGAGUGUUAAAGAUUUUCUUAAUCCAUCUGAUUUCUAUGGAUUUAGUAGUAUUGGCACAUUGCGUAGGCAGACUUACUUAGGCUUACACUUAGUCCAGGACAUCCAUUAGAUUAUUUCCUUUAUUUCCUCACUUCCUAAAAAGUCACAAUCCAAGUCGCCUUGCUACAAUGAUCAGCCUUCAGCAACAACAACAAAAAAUGGAGCAAGUGAAUUAGUGUGAAAUUAGUGUGAAAAUAUGAAGUUCUGUAGAUGCACACAAUUCAGGCAGUGUUAAAG